GAAGCGGCACCUUUACUGGUGCCUCAAUGACAGGGGCGUGCAUUCAGCCCCGAUGAAUGCAUGCCCCUGUCAGUUCCCCAGAAGUGAUUGGCCCAGUAGAUACAGUGCUGGAUCCGCUGUCCAAUCACUAGCGAGCCGCAUACUAAUUCCCCCCCCUGUCCCCGGCUGCAGCAGGUGGCGUGGGCUGUGUGGGCGUCCGCUGCAGCCGCUGACUGAAACUAGAGGUCAUUAUUGACCCCUAGUGUCUGAGCGGCACUACUAUGGCAGAGACGUCAUGACAUAGUAGAGAGGAGUCGGCGGCCGGAGACGGAGGGCACUGCUACAAGGGGCACAAAAACUGGGGGCACUGUUACAAGGAGCACAGCUACAAGAGGCACAGCUAAAGGGGUCACAACUACUGGGGGCACAGCUACUGGGGUACAGCUACAGGGGGGCACAAGUACAAGGAGAUAAUUGUGGCCAAGCCCCUUCCCUAUGAAGAAGCCAUGCCCUGGGCGCCACAAGCGGUAGCGGUAGGGGUCAUCGGCAGGAUUCGGAGGCCAUUAUGGCUGUAGUGCCUCAGCAGCCACUGACUUCACCGCACGCCACUGAUGUGUACAUUGGUACUGUGGGGGCAUGUGUAUUUUCGGGCACUGUGGGGCCAUGUAUACAUGUUGGCACUGUGGAGGUAUACAUACAUAGAUAGAUAGAUAGAUAGAUAGAUAGAUAUAUAAUAUAUAUAAACUAAAAAAAAAUUGACAUUUGUUUUCUCUUUAAUUCCUUUAUUUUUUUUUUACAGCUAUGUCUAUUGAAUUCUCUGAUCAUGAUUUCUGGACUGGAUUCAUUGAAUUAUACCGAAGCCAUGAGUGUCUCUGGAGAGUGAAGUCCAAGGAAUAUGUCAAUAGGGAGAAGAAGUUGAAGGCAUACCAGGAGCUCAUAGAUUACAGUAAAGGCAGAAACAGUCAAGUGGACAUCCGGUGGGUUAAGAAGAGAAUCCAAAACUUCCGAACAGUGUUCCACAAAGAACACAAGAGAGUCAUUGAGUCUCAACGUUCAGGUGCAGGGUCUGAUGAAGUUCGCAGACCAUCACUGUGGUACUAUAACCUGCUCAUGUUCACCCUGGAACAAGAGCCCAGGACGGAGUCAGUGUGCUCAGCCAUGCCGGAGUCGCCCGAGGGAGUUCUGGAGGAGGAAGUGGGCACUGAGGAGCUGCUUUCACCCUUGGCGACUGAAGGCAACCCUCCCAUGGCUGAGCACGCAGAGCUGGAAGUCAUUGAGGUUGAACCCGUGCCACCUCAGCCGUCUCAGCCACCAACCAGGAGACGUCGGUUGGGACCGCGGACUUCCAGUUCUGGAGAGGAACGCACACAUCAAUUUCUGAACCGUGCGGAGGAGAUUCUUCAAAGGCCCCCGGAUGAACAAAUGAUUUUCGGGAUGAAUAUUGCCUGCGAAAUGCAGUCGCUGGAACCCACCCAGCGACAGCGUUUCAAAACGAUUGUAUAUGAUGCGCUAAUAUGUGCGCAAAAUGGCCAAUUGCCUGAGCGCCUCAUACUGCCAUCAAAUACAUUGCGUUGGCCCACUCCCCCAGUCACAAUGACUAGUUUUUCCUAUCCGGCGCAUCCCCCACAACCAAAUCCUCCUCCGCAUCAGCCACCCUCCCAUACAUUUUCGCGGGCCCCUCCACCACCUUCCACAACUCCCAAUGUCUCGAGUGAUACCCACUCUGCUUGGAUGAGUGCGCAGGCCACUCUCCAAGAUGAUCCGGUUUUUUUCAAUAUGUAAUUUUUAUUUUCCGUUUUUUUUUGACCUCAGAAAUUGUUGUGUGCGACUCCUUGGGUUCUUGUUCCAGGUCGUCCAUGAGUGGGAAAGAGUGCCACGGUGAUGGUCUCGAACUUCGUUUGGACUCUGUUACUGGAUGUUGAGACUUGUGACCUCUUGUGUUCUUUUGUUGGUCACUGUUCGGAAAAUUGAUUCUUUUCUUGACCCUAUGGAUGUCGCUUUACUGGUUUUGCCUUUACUGUACUCUAUAUGCUCCUGGUUUGCCUUUUUUGUUACGGCAUCCCUAUUGACAUAUUCUUUUCUCCAGAGACACUCAGCGGGCUGGUAUGUUCAAUGAAUCCAGUCCAGAAAUGUUAUUUUUUUAAGUUAUUAAUAAAAAAACAAAAAAAACAACAAAGUGUUGAGUGUUAAUUUACAC